GCAGCGGCAGCAGCCGCGGCGGUGGCAGCGGGAGUGGGCGAGAGACAGAGCAAGCGCCUGAAGCUGGGGCCUCCGCAGCCCAGAUCCCGGACCCAGCCUCCACCUUGGGCGCGGCUCGGUCCUCUGUGUCCGGGUCGAACAUCCAUUCUGAGUCGCGGACCACCUCUCAUCUGUUUUCCAGCCACCAGGUGAACAUUUCCACACCCGAUGCAGCUGACUUCUGGAACAACAGCGCGCCCUCCCAACUCAGUUCCAGUCCUGAUCCGAGAAUUGACAUCGACUACGACAUUGGCUUCUGGGGCUUUGCCGCCUACGGUCUGACCGACUGGAUACCGGAGGCUGCCACCCAGUCGAGCACCUCCGAGGGAGCCGCCCCCAAGUCCAACCUGGACACCGACAACCCCCGGGUAUCAGUACCAGAACCUUCUACAUCCAAUAACACCCUCCCAGAGUCGGUACAAGGAUCCAUCCAGCCUUUGAUGCCCGGCUUCCUCAGAGUAUCGGUACCACCAACACCUCUUACACCCAGUAACACUCCGGAUCUGCCAGUACAUGGGUUCGCCCCGCCCUCAGUGCCCAGCUCCUCUAGGGGUUCGUUCCAAGUACUUCCUACACCAAAUGACACCCGCCAGGUGUCAUUAGAAGGGUCCACCCAGCUCCCAACGACCAGCUCCCCCUGGGUACCUAUACGAAGAUCUGUCCCGCUCUCCAAUUCCUCCCUAUCAUCGGUUUCCGGGCACCCCCGGUCCUCAGCGUUCAGCUCCUCCCGGAGUUCAGUACAAGAAUCUGUCACGCUCUGGAGCUCCCCACGAGUGCCGGUACAGGGGUCCCCCCUGACCUCAGUGCGCAGCUCCCCCCAGAGUUCAGUACAAGAAUCUGUCACGUUCUCAGACUCCUCCCUAGAGUCAAUACAGGGGUCCCCUCCACCCUCAGUGCUCAGCUCCCAGAGUGCGGUACAAGGAUCUGUCACGUUCUACGGCUCUUCCCAAGGGUCGGUACAAGAGUCCGCCCCGCCCUCAGUGCCCAACUCCCUCCCGGGUUCGGUACAAAGACCUCUUAUGCGUACAAACUCCUCCCAAGUGUUGUUGGCACAAGGGUCCACCCAGCCCUCAGUGCCAGGUACCCUUCGAAUAUUGGUGGAAGGAUCAACUCCGCCCCCGGACUCCCCCAGAGUAUCAAUACAAGGGUCCGCUCCGCCCUCAAUGCCGGGCUCCGCCCGGCUAUGGGUAGAAAAGUCGGCUCCUCCCCCGGGCUCCCCUCAAGAGUCGGUAGAAGAGUCCACCUCGCCCUUGGCCAGCCUCUCUCCUUUACUCACCCCGGGAGAGAUUGUCAACCAGAGCAUGGCGAGUCGGGAGAAGGCGAGUGUCGAGGGCCACAUGUUCGACGUAGUCGUGAUAGGAGGCGGCAUCUCAGGAUUGUCUGCUGCUAAACUUUUAGCUAAAUAUGAAGCUAAUGUUUUGGUUUUAGAAGCCCGGGACAGAGUCGGAGGUAGAACAUACACUGUAAGGAAUGAACAUGUUGAUUACGUAGAUGUUGGUGGGGCUUAUGUGGGACCAACCCAGAACAGAAUCUUAAGGUUAUCUAAGGAGCUGGGUUUAGAAACUUACAAAGUGAACGUAAAUGAGCGUCUUGUACAAUAUGUCAAGGGGAGAACUUACCCAUUUCGAGGUGCCUUCCCUCCAGUAUGGAACCCCAUUGCAUAUCUGGAUUACAACAAUCUCUGGCGGACAAUGGAUAACAUGGGAAAGGAGAUUCCAGCUGAUGCACCAUGGGAUGCCCCACAUGCUGAAGAAUGGGACCGGAUGACAAUGAAAGAUCUCAUUGAUAAAAUCUGCUGGACAAACUCUGCUAAGCAGUUUGCAUCUCUUUUUGUGAAUAUCAAUGUGACCUCUGAGCCCCACGAGGUGUCUGCCCUGUGGUUCUUGUGGUAUGUGAAGCAGUGUGGUGGCACCACUCGGAUAUUCUCGGUUACCAACGGGGGCCAGGAACGGAAGUUUGUAGGUGGAUCUGGUCAAGUGAGCGAACGGAUAAUGAGCCUCCUCGGAGACAGAGUGAAGUUGAGGUGUCCUGUCACCUAUGUUGACCAGUCAGGUGACAAUAUCAUCAUAGAGACAUUGAAUCAUGAAGUUUAUGAGUGCAGAUACGUAAUUUGUGCCAUCCCUCCAACUUUGACGGCCAAGAUCCACUUCAGACCCGAGCUGCCAUCUGAGAGAAACCAGUUAAUCCAGCGUCUUCCAAUGGGUGCUAUCAUUAAAUGCAUGAUGUAUUACAAGGAGGCCUUUUGGAAGAAGAAGGAUUACUGUGGCUGUAUGAUCAUUGAAGAUGAGGAGGCCCCAAUUUCAAUAACCCUGGAUGACACCAAGCCAGAUGGUUCGCUGCCCGCCAUCAUGGGUUUCAUCCUUGCUCGAAAAGCUAUCCACCUUGCUAAACUCCAUAAAGACGUAAGGAAGAGAAAAAUCUGUGAGCUGUACUCCAAAGUUCUGGGAUCCGAAGAAGCUUUACAUCCAGUGCACUAUGAAGAAAAGAACUGGUGCGAAGAGCAGUACUCCGGGGGCUGCUACACCGCCUACUUCCCCCCUGGGAUCAUGACUCAAUAUGGAAGGGUGAUUCGCCAACCAGUAGGCAGGAUUUACUUUGCUGGAACGGAGACAGCCACACACUGGAGCGGUUACAUGGAGGGAGCAGUAGAAGCAGGAGAACGGGCAGCUAGAGAGAUCUUGAAUGCUUGGGGCAAGGUUGCAAAGCAAGACGUAUGCAUUCAAGAACCCGAAUCAGAGGACGUUCCAGCUAUUGAAAUCACCCACACCUUCUGGGAGAGGAACCUGCCUUCAGUGCCAGGCCUGCUGAAGAUCGUUGGAUUUUCCACAUCAGCAACUGUCUUAUGUUUUCUGGUGUACAAAUUUAGGCCCUUGACACGAUCCUGAAAUUCCAGGCUCAUACUUUCUGCUUACUCUUUUCCUGUACCAUCAGAAGCAAAAUGUCGACAAAUUAAUGGCAAUGUCAUUAGACUGUCUUUAAGUGCACUGGAUUUAACCCUCAGUUUAGUCCUAGUGUUAAUGUAAGAACAACUUACAGAAUCGCCUCAUUAAAAUCAGUAAGAUCAAGCUCCAUCUUAUUUGUCUGUGUAGACUGAUUUGUGUGGAUUGAUAGUAUAAAAAAACCUUGUGAUCAAUUUCUUAAUUUCAAGUUACAGUGCUCAUCAGAAACAAUGUCUGUGUCCUCUUUUUCUCCCCUUUAACAUAAAGUACCUGAUUGCAGAAAUGAAACAUUUGACUUUCUGUAGAGGUUGAGUAGGUGAAGGCCCAGCCUGCAACUGAUCUUUUCAGUCCUUAGGAAAUGGUGAGGUGUAGGUCCACAGCCCACAGGCUCACAGCUUCCUGGAGUGAACAGCUCCCACUUUGGAUGAGGGUGUAAUACAUGAAAGCAGUGAAAGCAGACCAAUAGAGGAACAUUUUGUGGGCUGUUGCCUCAGGAAUCUCUUGACCACUUCUAAUUCCUGUGAAAUUUCUAGACAUCUAGUCUCAGCACUAGCUUGUUUGUAUAUUUUUCCCUUUUACUUCUUAGAGAGCACAGUGUUUACCAAGGCAUAAAUGAUUAAAUUGACUUGCUGUGACUUUUGUGCAGCUCCCCAGGUGAGCAGAGUAAACUAAUGGCAGGACUGUGCCCAUGAGGCCUCCCUGACUAGCUCUGCAUGAGGCAUCUUCUCUUCCUCCUGGAAGAUGGCUAGACAUAACUUCACUCAUCAUCAAUGGUAACAUUCUCUACCGAUUUCAGGAAAGCAAUAUUUUCCCUUUUUUUCAAGUAGACCCUGGCUGUUUACUGGCAUAUACUUUUUUUCGUUUUUCCUAUGACCAUAGUAGAAUGAGGCAUAUCUGUUAACUUAAAUGUAUCUUCAAAAUGGUUACCUUUGAGUAAAUAUUAGCAUGCCAAUUUCUCUCAAAUAACUGAAAUACACAUUAUAAAUUUCAUAUUGUUAUUUGUUGAGACUAUCAAUACAGAAAGGAUAUUGGGGCUGUACAUUAUAAAUUCACUUACUUUAGUUAUUAAGUUCUAUUAAAAAAAUUGAGUGAUUUCACAUAUGAAGACUAAGUUCUCUAAGGAGUAAUGUGAGCCAGGAACAGUGCCCACCUCUUUUCUUUCCCAUUUUAAAAACUGUCAGAUUUUUAAAAGCCCAUUCCAAAGGUUUUGGCCAUAAAACAUUUGUUUUCUUAAUAUAAGUACAUGGGAAAAAAUAAACACAGAUGCGAUCAAAUAAAGCAGUUGAGAAGACUCAAUAGACUCAGGUACACAGGUGGUAGAUACACAGUAAUACCUUAUUCUGUAUCAUCGAUAAAUGAGCAUUUCAUUUUAAAUGAAGUUUCUAAAUAGCUAAAGCUUACUCUCAUGUGCCACAAAUUAUCAAUAAAAAUUUUGAUGGACAUAUUUCAACACAUUAUUAAACAAGCUAAGAUUCAAAUUUAUCUUUUAUUAAUCAGGUCAAUCAUAUGCCUCAAUUAUACUUUUAUAAUAGAGUGAUACCAUUGUGUUUGCCCCUCUACAAAAUGUCACAUGAUUGUUUUUUAGCUGUUGGGUCUACUGCUUCUUUUAUCUUCUCCCAUAUUCAAUAUUUUAUUUCAUAUUCUGUUUAUCUCCUAAAACCUCUUCACAUAAUCUAUUUUUAUAUAUUUUUUAUUAUUAGUUUCAGAUGUAUAAAACAACAGUGAUUAGACAUUUACACACUUCACAGGGUGAUAACCUAAUCUGUUUUUUAUUGAAUGAGAAUUAAAGACUGCCAGAGGAAACUAACCCAGGUUUAUUUCAUAAUCAACCUUAUCAUAAACCCAAAAUUAAGUCAUGGCCCUACUGUCAGGACUUAAGUAUUUGUUUUGCCUAUCCUAAGAGCAAAGAGCAGGAUUUUUCUGCCACUCCUUACCUUUCAAUUGAAAGCAUUUUAGCUAACUUAGGAGUUUUGAUAAUGUCUUGGAUAUGCUCCAGUACACAAGGAGUUAUCACAUAUUAUAUCUAACUGCUUUGAUAAAUCACAUCUCUGAUCUAUUUCAGUUGUUUCUGUUCACCUACUGAUUAACUUGGUUCUGACACACCUUUUGGGGAAAAUUUCUUAACUGCCAACAGUUUUAAUAGUAAUCAGGUUGUUAAUAUAGCCAAGUCUUGAAUAUUGACGAACUCAGUUUGAGGUUUACCCUUAAAUUUUUAGACAACCAAUUAAUUUAUACUAAUUAGAUCAGCCCUAUUAAGCUGUAGAUUGAGUAUCAAAAUGAAUGCCAGUCCAGAUGUGCAUGGACAUGAAAUCGGAGCUGAGAACUCCCACCAUAUAGGAGAUUGUCCAACACCAAGAUACCAUAGGUUUUUUCUCCAACCCAGAGAAACUAGUCAGUUUUAAGCAGCAGAUAGAGCAUGGCCCUGUUAAGGCAUCUGCUUCACAGUUUUGGAGGCUGAGUUGGCCUCACUCCAUAGUAAGAUCGAGAGUUAUAUUUUAAAAGUUAACCUUUUUGCCAAUUGUUAAAUAAGGACUUGUACUACACUGAGGAAAAAAUAUCAAAGUAUUUUGAACUACAUUAAGUUUGUUUGUGAACUCAAUGCCUAAUGUUCUGUCUAAAAUGUGCCCCAGUGCUACACGUGGGAGUAUUCAUAUGUGUGUGUUUUGCCAUUGAAGUACAAUUUUGCCUGUAUGGUAGUUUUGUUUGUUAAUAAAGUGCACUACCACCCCUGACUCA